AUGGCAUACGGAUCGGGCGUUGAAACGUUCAGCUACGAGCUAGGUCCCGGCGUCCUGGUUGGUUCCUGGGGUGAUGAAGAUACACACCUCCAGAUAUUGCAGCAUUUUGGGAAUGGGAUGUUUGAUUUGCAUCUUCCGGCCCCUCGGUCCCUCGACCGUUCAUGUUACUCCGUAUCGAGCUGCCUUUGUGUUUUGGACCCUUGA